CACAGUAUGGCAGCCGUAGUGCUCGCACACUGUCGAAGAGGACUUUCCCAGGCUUUGGGCAGUGGACUAGUCGGUGUUCUUUCACCGAAGUUUGUCAAUGGGGUCAGACAAAAGUCUGGUAUACAGUACAUAUCACGUCCAGACUUACCAAAGCUUGCCUAUCGCAAAGUAAAAGGAAAGAGUCCUGGUGUGAUGUUUCUCCCUGGCUAUGGCUCUAAUAUGAGUGGGGAGAAAGCCGAAGCCCUGGAAGACUUCUGCAGGUCAUUAGGCCAUUCCUGUCUGAGGUUUGAUUACACAGGCCAUGGAGCUUCAGAAGGUAUCUUUUCAGAGGGAACUAUUGGAACCUGGAAGAAGGACGUUCUCUUUAUGUUAGAUGAAGUUGCCGAAGGGCCACAGAUUCUAGUUGGGUCCAGCAUGGGUGGCUGGUUAAUGCUGCUUGCUGCAAUUGCUCGACCAGAGAAGACGAAAGCUUUGGUGGGCAUCUCCACAGCAGCUGAUUAUUUUGUUACAGCUUUUAAGUCACUUCCUCUACAGGAGAGGAAGGAGUUCGAAGACAAGGGCACGUGGACGAUUCCAACAAAAAGUAAUGAGGAGGGUUUCUUCACGGUGAGCCUGGACUUCCUGCGGGAGGCUGAGAACCACUGCAUCCUUCACAGCCCGAUCCCGAUUGCCUGCCCCGUGCGUCUCGUCCACGGCCUGAAGGAUGAGGACGUGCCCUGGCACGUCUCCAUGCAGGUGGCUGAGCGUGUGCUUAGCGCUGACGUUGACGUUAUCCUCCGCCGUCAUGGCCAGCACCGAAUGGCUGAGAAGGAUGACAUCAAGCUCAUAGUUUACACCAUCGAUGACCUCAUUGACAAGCUGACCACCAUAACGUGAGCUGGGGGAGGACAGUCUCAGUUCCUCUAGCCAAAUCCGACCUCUCCUGCCAAAGUCCCCACGGCCUUUUUGAUGUUUGUGAUGACAAGAACAAGAGUAUGCAAGGAGUCUGGAGACUUCUGGAGAGAAAAGGAAACACCAAACCUUAAAACCUGAAUCCCUAGUGCCUUCCCAGUGUUUUUUCUACCUGGUUACUUUUGAGUACUGUUUAGCAUAGCCUUUUGGUCAAACUGCUUCUUUUCUGACAAAAUCCUGGCCCAUUACCACAGUCAUAUGCUCAUAUGUCUACUCUGCUUAUAUUAAGGAAAUAAAGCAUCGUAUCUGUCACUUUUAAGCUUCUCUAGCACUUUCUGUAGAUUUAUAAAUGGCUCAUAAACAUUUUGUAAGCCACUGGGCUCCCCCUGUACUCACAAUAAUGUGUGUGUCAAGGCUGACCCUUUGAUUUGAUCUACCCACUCUCUUCUGAUUGUUUGCUAGAAGUAUUGAGCUAUUUGCUCCAAGAAGCACUUGCUUGUUUAUUAACAUGUGAUUAAGGUGGACUGUCCAAAGUGGCCAGGGCUCAGUCUUCCAGCUGUGACUCUGCUGAUAUCACACUCUUAACUACCAGAAUGACCUUUCAGCCACUCAACGGUGGUGUACCAUCAAUCAGCUCUAAAUUAGCACAGUCUUAAUGCCAUAACAUACACAUCCUAUUAAACUGGUCAUACAUAAGAGCAUUCAACCAUGCACAGUUGUUGAAGAAAAUACCAUUCAUUUGUUUACCUUCUUUCUAUACAUUUUUAUAAAUGGUAAAAAAAAAUGCAAUAAAAGCAGCAAUAUGUGCUUUCUUUAAUGUUUUUUUUGUUUGUUUGUUUUGGUUUUUUUUACAAAAUUAUAUAAAUCAUUUUUCACCAUCAAUUCAUGUAUUCUAUGUUGAGGUGCUGUGUUGGGUAGAGGGUGCAUUCUCUGUAUACAACACUAAUGUGCAUAAUCUAAUUGGGAUAGAGUCCGGUUUACUGUUGAUGCUGGUGAACAUUACGUGUGUGUGUGUUUACCUCAUUCACUUAUUUCCACGACUGAAAUUCUAAAAGCACGAAUUAUAGUCUAAAUAAAAUAAUAUAAGCUACA